AUGUCCCGCCGCCCGAGCGCCGCCCGCGACCGGUGCCUGGAGCUGGAGCGCGUCAUCGCCGGCCGCUUCAGCUCGGGAAGCAUCGUCCUCGACGACGCCGUCAAGCUGUUCGAUGAAUUGCUCCCGCUCGCCCGGCCCGCCUCGGUUCGCGCCUUCAACCAGCUCCUCACCGUCGUCUCUCGCGCCAAGGGCAGGGGCUCCUCAACCUCUGCGCUCGUCGUUUCCCUCUUCAACCGGAUGGCCCGUGCCUCCCCCACCAAGGUAUCUCCCGACCUGCGCACCUACAGCAAAAUCAUCGGCAGCUUCUGUAGCAUGGGUCACCUGGAUUUCGCUUUCUCUGGCUUUGGCGUCAUACUUAAGAAGGGCUUUAGGGUGAAUGCCAUAGUCAUAAAUCAGCUUCUCAACGGUCUCUGUGGCACAAAGAGGAUGGGUGAGGCCAUGGACAUAUUGCUCCGACGAAUGCCCGAGUUUGGCUGCACACCCGAUGUCGUCACCUACGCCACACUUCUCAAGGGUUUCUGCAAUGAAAAGAGAGCUCAGGAGGCACUUGAGCUGCUCCACAUGAUGGCUGAUGAUGGAGGUGGUAGCUGCCCACCAGACGUGGUGGCGUACAGCACUGUCAUCAAUGGCUUCUUUAGAGAGGGUCAGGUGGACACAGCUUACGGCCUAUUUCAUGAAGUGCUUGAUUGGGGGAUUUUGCCUAAUGUUGUGGCCUACACCACAUUCAUUGAUGGCCUGUGCAAAGCUGGAGCAGUUGACAAGGCCGAGGGUGUCCUUCAGGAGAUGAUUCAUAAAGGUGUUAAGCCAGAUAAUAGGACAUAUAAUUGUUUGAUCAAUGGAUAUUGCACUACAGGACAGUGGAAAGAGGUGGUUCGAAUCCUCAAUGAAAUGUCCACACAGGGUUUGCGAGCAGAUGUUUUUACUUAUAGUUUGCUGCUAGAUUAUCUUUGCAAGAAUAGAAACAUCACAGAAGCUAGAAAGAUUUUUGAUUCUAUGAUUGGAAAGGGCAUAAAACCUAAUGUAACUACCUAUAGCAUUCUGCUUAAUGGGUAUGCUUCGAAAGGAGAUCUUGCUGAUAUGCAUGAUCUCUUAGAUCUAAUGGUAGCAGAUGGUGGUAUGAUAGAUGAGGCAAUGCGUAUAUUUGACCAGAUGAGGCAGCAUGGGUUGAUUCCUGAUGCAUACAGCUAUGGAGCAUUAAUAGAUGCACUUUGCAAGUUGGGAAGGGUGGACGAGGCAAUGCUUAAAUUCAAUCAGAUGAUCAAUGAAGGGGUGACCCCUAAUAUCGUUGUUUUUAGCUCACUAGUGUAUGGACUGUGCACCGUCGACAGAUGGGAGAUGGUUGGAGAAUUAUUCUAUGAAAUGCUGAAUCAAGGUAUCCAUCCCAAUGCCCCGUUCUUCAACACAAUAAUGCGUAACUAUUGCAAUGAAGGACGGGUCAUGGAAGCUCAGAGUCUCAUUGACUUGAUGGAUUUUCAACUUGACAUUAUUACUUUCAGCAUUAUGAUUGAUGCUUUGUUCAAAAGUGGCAGAAAGGAACAUGCCAUGGAUAUGUUCACUGAUAUCUCAACCCAUGGUUUAGUUCCGAAUGUUGUGACCUAUCGUUUAGUGACAGAAAAUCUCAUUAAAGAAGGGUUGCUACAGGAGUUUGACAAUCUGUUUUUGGCAAUGGAAAAGAGUGGAUGCACUCCAAACUCAGUUCACAAUGCCACUACUGUUCAGAUUUUUCUGGACUUCUGGUUUGCCUUUAGGCAGAUGAAGACAGGAUGUGUUGCACUUGUACUAUGUUUAAACAUAAGUGUUGAUCCACCAGAUGUAAUUAAAAUUUCCCCUUGUGCAAGAAUGGAGUGCUGGAUAGAUCCAUUUUCUAUGGCACCUCCUAAAGCCCUUGAAAAUAUCGGAAAAACAUUGCACUCACAGUAUGAGCGCUGGCAACCUAAGGCUCGUUACAAGCUUCAGCUAGAUCCAACAGUGGAGGAAAGUUACACACAGUAUAUUCCCCUUCCGAUUACUGAUCUUGAUUCAUGGCUAAAAACACCUUCCAUUUAUGUUUUUGACUGCUCAGCAGCUGGAAUUAUCGUGAAAGCUUUUCUAGAGCUAUUCGGUGCAUUUUGUAACUCACUAAAUCUCAGGGACGCAUGGGACAUGGCUGCUGAGAUUUGUCUUUCCAAGCUUCCUCAGUUAAUUGCUGAUCCAAAUGCAGAGUUUCAGCCAAGCCCAUUUUUUACGGAACAGCUGACGGCUUUUGAAGUGUGGCUUGAUCAUGGUUCUGAGGACAAGAAGCCCCCUGAGCAGUUACCUAUAGUUCUUCAGGUCCUGCUUAGUCAAUCACAUAGAUUUAGAGCACUUGUUCUGCUUGGAAGGUUUCUUGACAUGGGACCAUGGGCAUAUGGACAAAAAUUCUCUCUCUUGAUAAGUCGUGCCAGGUUGACUUGGUUAAAGAUGGAGGACAUGCAUAUUUUAUCAGGUCAGAGCUUCUGUUGUUUUUGCAUUAGGGAAUCUCCUGGAUAUGGGAUCAACAUCAUUAAUGGUGUUGAUGAUGAUUCUGAUGAUGAUGAGAAAUUAAAAGCUGAAAUAAAUGUCGUUCGAAGCCUUCUGCAGGUCUCUUCAGAUGGUAGCCCCCUUGUUAGAUCUGAGGUUGCUAUAGCGCUUACUCGGUUUGCAUUGGGUCACAAUAAGUAUCUCAAAUCUGUUGCUGCUGAGUAUUGGAAACCUCAAACCAAUCCAUUGCUGAAGUCACUGCCGUCACUAGGCAAUAUAAGUAGUCCAAACAAUGUCUACAGUCCCAACAACAUUCGACAAGGCAGCAGUGGCCUUGCUUCUCAUAUUGGUCCUGUGGUUGGCAGUGAUAGCAGUGCCACUGGCCAUGAUGCAAGAAUUUCUACGAGCAGCCCGAUUGCAACAAGUAGUAUCAUGCAUGGCUCUCCCCAGUCAGAUGAUUCUUCCCAACACUCUGAUUCAGGCAUAUUACUGAAAGAGAAUGCAAGUAAUGGUGGUCUCAGCUACAACAGAUCGAGACCUGUUGAUAGUGGCAUUUAUUCUCAAUUUAUAUCGACUAUGUGUUCUGUUGCUAAAGAUCCUUACCCAAGAAUUGCAACUAUUGGUCGGAGAGCACUGUCCCUUAUAGGUGUUGAGCAAGUGGAAACUUCUCAAUUGCAUUUAGGACUGCCUCCUGUUAGCCCCCCUCAGCAUGAUUAUCUUACAGGAUUACGCCGAAAAAGAAACGCACGCGCCGUGUCUUCCCCUCUUCUCCACGCUCUUGUUGCUAGCAUUUCGCCAUGGUAUGGCGGCUACUGGAGGAUCCAGAUGCGGAAGAGAUUUGGCCUUCCAGGGAGCAGGGCGUGCUGCGGCUCCAUGUCGCUGACGGACUACGUGCAGUGGCUCUUGUGCUGGCCGUGGGCGCUGGCGCAGGAGGUGCGCACGGCAAACCUGGACCACGUCGACGGCGAGGUCCUCUACUCCAAGGUUGCUGACGAUGAUCAUGCGGACAGCAGGAAGCCGUUGCUCGUAGUGUCCAACGAUCACGACGUUUUCAGGGCAACAGAAAUGGUUGCAGUAUCUCAGGCAUCACCGCCGAAUGGUCAUCUGGUUGUUGUUGAUGACGAAACGACCAUGGCUCCACCGGUUCAGGUUGUGGUUGUGCAACAGCUGGAGGGUGAUAAAUCUGACGAGAGCAGUGUUUCUCUUCAAGGUGAGAUGAGCAAUUCUUCGAUUCUGACAUCGGUGACGACGGUGAGGGAGGAGGAUGCAGCUUUGUUGGAGUCAAACCGAGCAGUGACAGAAGAAGAUGGUGAGUGGAGAGUGGAAGUUGGAGAGUGGAAAAGGUGA